UAGAGAAGAGGCGGAGGAUUGCGGCGAUAUGUGGAGGUGCCUCCCUAUUUCGCCUCCACUUGUUUCCGUCACUUUCACAUUUAUUCAUUCUUUUCUGAGCCGUUUUUCCACUCCACCCAUUUAUAUUUUUAAAGUGUUCACACGUUCCUCGUUCCGUUUACCAUGUCGAAUUCUAGAUGGGAUGGAUAUCAACAAGCCACUCAGGCUCCGGGCCUGAACCGUCAGUUUGACACACAAACAAACGUCUUAGCAGCCGACAGCUUCGUCAGAAGCGGACUCGUUGGACAACAAGUCAACACAAUUGAUCCAUCGUUCUACGAUUGCAUCUAUGGAGUCGCAAAUAGUGCAAACACGGUCAUCGAACGGUGCUACAAGGAUAUCGGAUGCUGCGCCGAUGGUUGCUGUAAGAAUGGAUAUUGGCAUAACCGUUACGGAUGGGCAGUUGCAUUGAUCGUGAUUUUCUGUAUUCUUGUAAUUGUCGCUUUUGUCAUUUGGCUCGUCGUAUGGCUCUUCAACCGUUCCAAGGAUAAGCAACAAAAACGCGAGCUCUACGAGCAUUAUGAGGAGAACAACUAUUCCGGUCUCCCAACUCCACAACCAACCCCGACUCACUACCCAGCCGAACAAUAUUCAUACGAUCCAGCCCGAGACCGUGACAAUUACCGAUACUAGACUACUCAAUUUUUAUGUGAUUUUUCUUUAUGAACUUAUGUGAAAACAAAACCAAAAAACACCUAUCUUGCUUGAACUUUUCUUGUUAAAAUCCUGAACUUUCUUCCCAUCUUGUUCUAGACUUAUUUUGCGCCUCCUCGAUUUUCUGUAAAUAUUUGCUCAAACCUUCUCUCUUCCCAGUGAAUUCAUUCAUAAUGAUGACACGAUAUAUUAAAAUAAAUUUUCUAUGACAAUACAAAA